UCCUUGAGUCACAAGCAGAAGUAUCACAAUCACAAUAUUUCUAAGAUGAAAUUCGCAUUGGCAUUGUUGGCCCUCGUGGCUACGUCCUUCGCGGCCCCAUGGCAAAUCCCCAAUGUCGGCAGGGGUGAACUCGCAAAGGAGCUCCAAGAUUUCCUGAACAUCCUGCCGCAGGAACAAAUAGCUGCCAUUACCCUCCAGUACUAUGCCCAGGACGCGGAAUUCCAAGCUAUGAUUCAAUAUUUCAAGUCCGACGGCUUCAAGCAGCUCGUGAAAGAGAUCCAAGCUCUGCCUGAGAUGCAAGCUCUGAUGCAGUACAUGUAUAACGCCGGCAUCGACGUUUACAAACUGCAGGACAUGUUGAACAACUGGCUCGGACUUACUCAGGUCAACUUUGCCAUUGAUACACAGAUCACUGGUGGAAUCCGCGGAUAUAUCGAUGAUAUCAAGGCCGUUAUUAGUCCCGUUAAGGACAAACUUAUCGCCCUUUACCACGAGAAGAUGCAAAGUUCCACGGUGUUCCAAGAUUUCGUCAAUCAACUGAAAUCUCCGAAUUUCCAGCAACUCGUCAACAAGGUUCACGCCAAUCCUAAAUUCCAGGAGCUUUUGAAGCACGCUGCGAACGCGAAAAUUGAUCUUAAACUCGUCAGGGAUAUCCUGAAGACUAUCCUCGGUAUCGAUAUUCCUUCCUACUAUAUAUACCACCAAAGCUUGAUGUGGAUUAAGAGCUUCGAUCUCUCGCAGCAUAGAGUGGAAUUCAGUUGUAAGCAUGAAUCGAAGAGCGUUUAUUACUUUUUCAUCAUUGGUUGCAUACUUGAUCACUAUCUCAAUAAUCUCAUCCACCGAAAGGAGUUUCACAAAGUCCUCGAAUUCUUCGUCCAGCGUACGCUCCUGGAGUACGUAAACAGAAACGUCGUUCGGUACAGUGAUGCCGAGGACUAUAAACAAGAGAUCCGCUGCGAUUUGCGUGUUCACUCCGCUGCUUUUAAGUCCAUUCAAGAUGAUCUGAACGGAUUUGACAUUGUAGACUUUGUUUACGGCCUGCUGGAAGUUGUCGGACUUGAGUUGACCGAUGAGGCCACCAAACGCUCUAAUUAUUCAUACAGUUGUCAGUCAAUCUGUAGCUGCCACGCAUCCACAGCUACCACGAUGAAGUUAACAUUGGGGUUAUGUGCCGUCCUGGCCAUUAUCGGUCAAGGACAAGCUCAUCAGUUCCCGGAGUUCGGCCAUGGUCCUCUUUACGAGGAUUUCCAAGAUAUUCUAGAUUUAGUUCCUAUUGAAAACAUCUUGGAAGUCGCUGUGGAUUAUGUGAUACAUGAUAAUGAAGUACAAGAUUUUCUCGAAGAGUUGGGUAAUACAACUGUAAUCAAAGAUCUGCUGGUAGAUUUCCAAGCCAUUCCCGAAGUGAUCAACCUCUUCAACUAUCUGCAUAAGGAAGGGAUCUAUGUCUACCAUAUAAUGAACGCGAUAAACAAAGCACUCGACAUCAAGGAGCUCGUACCACCUAGCUCUCAAGUGAGCCCUUUGAAAAGAACCGGCGGAGUUCGUGGAUUCUUCAUAGACAUCAAAAAACAUCUCGACUAUGAUGUCUUUAUUAGCAUAUACGUGGAUAAGCUAAAAGUCUCUACAGUCUUCGUCAACUUCAUCAAUCAACUUAAGUCCGAUAAUUUCCAACAGAUCGUUAACAAAAUGUGUGAAAGCAAGGCCGCCAAAUACAUCAUAAGUAGUCUCGAGGCCAAGUCGGUGAAUUUAAAAAUUGUGAGAGAUAUCCUGUACGUCGUCUUCGGUAUCAAUGUACCAAGCGGUCCUCCUAAAACGCUAAUGGAUGACUUUAUAGAUUUCGCCAUGCUUAUCCCUAUGGAAAACUAUACCGACAUAGUAAUCAAGUAUGUAAACGAAGACGAAAAAGUACAAAAAGCUUUCAUGUACAUGUUCGAAACUGAAUUCCACGAUCUGCUGCGCAACCUCGAAGCUGCUAAGGAAUUUCAAGCGUUCGUGAUACAUUUAGAGAAGGCUGGAAUCCCUGUUAUUGAAAUGAUCCAGGCACUGCAUCAGGCUAUCGGCAUGGAAAAAUAUGUUCCACCCAAGGUGGACAGUUUUAUCAAGUCUCUAAUUAAGCCGCAGAAGAUUGGCGACGGAAUGAAAGGAAUGCUCAAGGAUCUUUACGAUAUAUUACCUUUGAACGAAAUUGACGCUCUUUACAAACAGAAGAUGCGAACUUCUAAAGCUUUCGUUGAGUUCAUCAGAAACAUUACAUCUGAUGAAAUGGGGCAGAUCUACAUUGAUCUAGUAUGGAGUAAACCCUAUAAAAAUUUUAUCACAAAGACUCUGGGAAAGGGAUUGGAAAUCGAAGGCUCGGUAGCUCUUAGUGUGAGAAUGAUUGGCCUUAAAUAAUAUUAAAAUCAGUUACAUGGAAUAAAAAUAAAAUUAUUUACAAUAUUCUGAAUAUUUGUAAUUUGCAAUUUAUCUGGCGAGUUACACGCUAAUGUAAUAAUGUAUAACGCAAAAGUUCAACCAUUUCUUUGUAUGUAAUAAAUUCAUUAUUUUAUAUUGUAGUAAA